UUUUUUUAUCAAAUGAAUAAAGGAAAUUUGGGUUUUUGUGAUAAAUUUAUUGUUUGCGUUUUAUAAAAUGACGGAAAUUAAUAUAAAUGGCGUUAGUGUUACUUUUCCAUUUAAACCUUAUAAAGUUCAAGAAGAUUAUAUGUCAAAAGUUUUGGAAUGUCUUCAAAAUGGAAAACACGGUGUUUUGGAGUCUCCAACUGGAACGGGAAAAACAUUAUGUUUACUGUGUUCAUCAUUGAGUUGGCUACUUGUACGUAAAGCACAGGCGCAAGCACAAUCGUUAAUUGGCGCUUAUGAAAAAUCGGAUUUAAAUAAUUUUGCAAAAAAAUUAACUGGCGAAUUAGAAAUUGCCAGUGGUUCAAAUGAAUUGCAAAAAGAAACAAAUCAAACAACACCAACGUUUAGUUGGAAUAUGCCAAAAAUUAUUUAUGCCUCAAGAACACAUUCACAACUUUCGCAAGCAAUGCAAGAAUUAAAAAGAACUUCAUAUAAACAUGUGAAAGUUGCGGUUCUUGGCUCGAGAGAUCAACUUUGUAUUCAUCCCGAAGUAUCGAAGGAGCAAAAUUCAUUUAAUAAAAUACAAAUGUGCCAGGCAAAAGUCAAGGCAAGGACUUGCUUCUAUUAUAAUAAUGUCGAGGCUCGAAAAGACGAUCCAAUAUUUCAUGAGCAAAUCUUGGAUAUUGAAGAUUUAGUGAAAGCGGGACAAAAAGCGCGAUGCUGUCCAUAUUUUUUGUCAAAAGAAUUGAAACAACAUGCGGAUAUUACAUUUAUGCCGUAUAAUUAUUUAUUGGAUCCAAAAGCGCGACGAGCACAGGGAAUUGAAUUGCAAAAUAAUAUAAUUUUACUCGAUGAGGCGCACAAUGUGGAAAAAACAUGCGAGGAAGCUGCUUCUUUGCAGAUAAGCAGUACAGACGUUGCACUAUGCAUCGAUGAAAUAACAUCAGUGAUGAAAGAUAUGUCAAAUGAAUUAACAGAGGAUGCAUUCUCAGAUUCUCCAAAUGUUGUGGCAAAAGAUUUUACAGCUGAGGAUCUUUUUAUUUUAAAAGCAAUGUUUCUUGAAUUAGAAAAGGCAAUCGAUGAAAUUCAAAUGGACAAAAUUGACGAGGGUAAAACAUUUCCCGGUGGUUAUAUUUUUGAACUUUUGGAAAAGGCCCAACUUACGCAGGGAAAGGAACAAUUUGUAAUUGAAAAAUUAGAGAAAAUAAUACAAUAUUUAUCGACAACAAGUGCAUCGCCAUUUGCAAGAAAGGGAAAUGCAUUACAAAAAUUUAAUGAUUUAUUGAGAGUUGCAUUUUCAGGCGGUGCUGCUGGUCAUAAAUUGCGUGAAAAAAUAAAACAAUGCUACAAAGUUUAUGUACAAAUGGAAGAUCAACAAAAGAAAAAUCAUCGUAACAAUGAUGUUUGGGAGAAGAAGACAAUUGUUAAAAGUGAAGGAAAAUUAAUAAGCUACUGGUGUUUUAGUCCUGGUUUUGGAAUGCAACAAAUGGUUGAUCAAGGAAUUCGUUCGGUGAUUUUAACAAGCGGAACACUUUCGCCAUUGAAACCAUUUAUUUCUGAACUUGGAAUACCAAUUGGAGUUCAAUUGGAAAAUCCACAUAUUGUCACGGGUAAACAAGUUUGCGUUGGAAUUCUUGCUCAAGGACCAGAUUCUGAACCACUUAAUUCAUCGUACAAUACGAGAAAUAAUCCAAAAUAUUUAGCUUCACUUGGACAAACGGUUUACAAUUUUAGUGCCUUAAUUCCAAAUGGUUUACUUGUUUUUUUUCCCUCUUAUCCUAUUAUGAAAAGAUGUCAAGAGGAAUGGCAAACAUUGGGACUUUGGACGAAAAUUGCCGAACGCAAGCCAAUAUUUGUUGAGCCUCAAUCGAAAGAUACGUUUGUAAAUACAAUGAAUGAAUAUUAUGAAAAAAUUCGCGAUCCAUCGUGUAGGGGUGCAAUAUUUUUGGCCGUUUGUAGAGGAAAAGUGAGUGAGGGUUUGGAUUUUGCCGAUGCAAAUGGACGAGCUGUUUUAAUUACUGGUCUUCCAUUUCCACCGUUAAUGGAUCCGCGUGUUAUUUUGAAAAGAAAAUAUCUUGAAGAAAAUAAAUUAAAGGAUCGAGAGAAUUUAACCGGACAACAGUGGUAUCAACUUGAAGCGUCAAGAGCCGUUAAUCAAGCGAUAGGACGAAUUAUUCGUCAUAAGGACGAUUAUGGGGCGAUAAUUUUUUGCGAUUGUCGAUUCGAUAGUGCACAAUUUAAAGGACAAUUGUCAGCUUGGAUUCGGCCGCAUAUUAAAAAAUUUUCAAAUUUUGGCAUGAUGGUGAAAGAAAUAAAAGAAUUUUAUCGUUACACGGAAAAUGCAUUACCGCAACCAAAAAUGAAAAAUAAAAUCAACAUGGACGACAUAUCAUUGCCAGCGGUUCCAGCACGAUUUAAUCAAAUAACCGUGGGUACAAAACGUAAUAAUAAUAAUCAAAUUGAAAAAGCAAAAAUAAUUGACGAAGAAGAAACAUUUGAUCCCGCUAUGUAUGCGUGUAAAUCAACUGAAACGUCAAUUGUACCAAAAAGCAAUAGUAUUUUUAACGAAACAAAAGGUUCGAUGAUUAAUUUUAAUAAUUGUAAAUUAAAUAAUCCAUUGGUGUCGUGUAAUUUAUUGAGUGAUUUACCAACGCCUGUGAUGGCAAAAAAACGAAAAUUCGAAACAAUGAUAAAAAAUUUUGAACCAAUGGAACCUGAACCGUCGACAUCGGGAUUAUCAUCAUUAAAUUCAAAGAAAUUACAACAAAUGGAAAAAUUUCCAUCAAAAAUUGAGGAGAAUUUGGAAAAUAAUGAUGUUAAUACAGAGAAGAAAAGUCCCGCUGAACGAAAGAGGGAAAUUGGAAAAUUUUAUUUAAAAACGGUCAAAGAAUCAUUGAGCACGGAAAAUUAUAAACUAUUUGGCAAAAUGAUUCGCGAUUAUACGAAUGAGGAAAAUUUUCAAAAAUUAUUAAAUACGUUAAAGAUAUUAUUUUAUCAGGAUGAAAAAUUGUUUCCCCUUUUUGUUGGAUUUAGAAGUUUUGUGAAAAAACAACACGUUCAAAUGUUCGAUAAUCAAGUGACGCUAUUGCAACGGAAAUGAUACUCAAAUUUUUCCGUGUUGAAGUGCCUCGGCGACAAUAUCUUGAUAAUAAUCGCCAAAAACGCUACGAUUGUGUGACACUAAAAUGAGAAAUUGUGCUGAUAUUGAUGCCAAUUCUUGUUGAAGUGACGAGAGUCCAGGUGGAAUUUGCUGCGGUGCAGCCGAUUGUGAGAGAAUCAAUUUUUCCAAAAAUUGACGAAUCCUCAGGUCUGUGAAAUUUAGUUUUUUUAUUAUUUUUAUAUUGUAAAUAUGUGUGUGUAAAAAUUAUUAUUAAUAUAUCAAUUUAUUUUGAAAAAGAA